AUGGUGGACGUGGCAGAGUUAAAGAGAAGGCACGAGGCCUUGAGUGCCAUCGAAGAUAAUAAGGACAAAUUGAUCGCCGACUGGCUAACGACGUUGCGAUUUCAGGACCUCGUUUCUCAUGUUGAGAAGCUCCUUGCCGAUCUUCGGAACGAAAAAAGCGAGUUCACCGACCAGAAGGAAUUGGCCCGGUCCUACAAGGAGAAGGCCAAAAAAAGUCGGGAUGAGCUGGGAGAGGAACAGAGAAAGAAGUUUCUGGAUAGCUUUGUGCAAGAUGGACAAAACGGCGGUCGUUCAGCAGCGAAGGCGCUCAUCGAAGCUGUUCAAGGACAUGUCCAAACACUCAUACCCAAAUCCAGUCCGAAUAUCCAAUAUUGUAUCCGGGUAUACGCGAACGUGGCUGGCUUGACAAAGACUUAUCGUGGUACGGAUACCGUCAGUUCUAACGAUACUCUGGAGGCGUUUAUCCGAGGAUUUAACAUGGAGAAUGUUCUGUGUGACUUUGUGAAUGCCGGCAACGGAAAGGAGUGUGUUGAUGUGAAGAUUCGAGCGCACUUUGAUCGUGAUCUUCUGAAUAUUCAUUGCCAACACAUUGUCUUCUGUGGGUCUGCAGAUAAUGGUUAUGCGCGUAUAUUAGGACCUCAUCGUGGAUCGAAUCGGAUUUUGCUGGUAGAGGGUCCACCGUUUGCGCAUGAACUUAAGGCUUUGGUACCGGAUUUUGAGACAACCUCCUUCUCGACGAAGGGUGUCUGUCGGCGAUACCACCGUGACACCAGCAAUCACGCCGCCACGAACGCCGACCCCAAACUACGCCUCCGUAGCGAAGACAGCUGCCGAAGACCUCACCAAGACAACAAAUCCGCCGACAGGUAUACCAAAGCCAAAUAA